GCUAUGGCGGGCAUUGGCAUUGGGCUAGGGUAUCGGCCGCGAUGGAGGUGGAGCGGCGCUGGAUGCCGCAGCGCUGGAUUCGGGAGGGCCGAAGUCCAGCAGCUGGACGCCGUGCGCAUCGGUACGUUCUCGCAGCAGCAGCAGCGCCGGGGAUUGAAUUCCGGGAAUGGAGGCGCCGGGGCGGAUGCGGUGCUCAAGCAGAUCGAGGACAUCGGGAUCGGGCUAAGCCAGAUAUCGCGGUGCCGCAUUUCCGGCCAGAAUAUCCAGGAGCGAGUGAAUCGCCUGGUGGACAGGCUCGAUUUGCUGACCAAGGGCGUGGAGCAAGCAAUGUAUGGUGGAAGAAGCGUCCCACCGCAGCUCUUGGCGGCUUUAAAUGCUCUGCAAAGAGAGCAAUGCUCGUUGGCUAACAUAAUUCGCCUGGCCACGGCCUCUACUUCCGUCGUUCCUUACGCCGACGAGGACGAGGAAGUUGUGGCUGCGGAGUUAAUCACCGACAAGUCAAGCGAGGAUGUUAUGAACUCGUUGAAGCGUGAAAGCGCGCUCGUUCCUGUCACCAAGCCCGUUUAUGAGAUGAGUGCGCCAGUCACCAAGACUGCGACUAUGGCUUCCGUUCGAGCGGAGAUUGAGCGACGAGUUAUUCAACAGCUCACGGCCAGGGAUGUUGGAAUGUUUAACGAAGAGCCAUUGAAUUUCGGACAAAGACCUGGGGCCGAAGACAUUACUGGUUUGGACGACGGAGUGAAAGCAUUGAAGUCUGAGGUACAGAAAGCGGAGGUUGCGGAGCAGCAGCUACGCAGGCUUGAAACAGCGCUCGUCCAAACAGUUCCUCUGGAGGUUCAUGAGUCAGUGAUAAAAAAGCUACAGGAGUCUUUACAAGAAACGCAGUCCACUGUGCUGCAGUUGACAAGGGAGCUGGCCGAGAAAGAAAAUAUUCUGAGUACUGUGAAGAAAGAUCUCCUCAAAGAACAAGGGGAGUUUGUGGCCAAGGUGUCUCAGCUGAGAGGUGAAAUUGCCGAACGAGCGACCAACAUGGAAGACCUGCAACUCGCUGUAAAUGACGUGGUGGAAGAAUUUUCUCACGGACUGCAGGAAAUACAGAAAAAGGCAGCAGUGCUGGCAGCUGAACUUGAUAAUAAGGAGAAGCUUUUGAAUCAGUUAAGGAAGGAUUGGAAAGCCGAAACAAGGAGCCUGCGCAAGAAGCUGGCCAAGGCCCGGAAACAGAUGAAGGAGCUCGAGGAAAUAAGACAGGCCGAACAGGCGGAGCUUAAGGAAGCAAAGAAUAGAAUCGUUGUGUUAGAAGACGAGCUCACUAUAGUCCGGAAAAACUACGAGGAAGCUGAGGAAAACAGGAGAAGGCAGAAGCAGGAAUCUUUGGCCAGAAUGAAAACUUUGAUUGCAGAGAUGGUUAAGAUCUCACGGGCGAGAUCUGAGAGAGAACUACAGGUUGCUGAAUUAUUGAAAGGUGCGAGCACAGAACAAACUCGUCGCCGCAAAUUGCUACCAGCUGGAGGAUUGCCAUCUAGUGACAAGAUGAAAGCCCUUCAAAGCUUUUUCUCCCUCAUGAAGGACUUAUUGUCACGGACGAAGGCGAGCGACGACAAGUAAUGAGGACGAAGAAUCUCACACGUCUGCGAUGUUGCAUGGAAACGUCGUGCUUGCCGGUGAGAACAUAUUUCCUUUUUCGUCGAUGGAACGUAUCCUGGCUGUAUAUUUUCCAGCACUUCCCCCACCUGGCGCAUACGCCUUUGUGCAAAGGAGAGCGGCAUUAUCACUCUGGUCCUGUGCACUGACACUCAGUCGGGGAUCCGGAACAAGUUGCGGUCCUUCCGCGUACGAUCUGCCUUUUGCCCACCUGACGAUAUCGAGGUCUCCAAAUUACCAGUAAGUAUCGCUCUUCGUGUUGACCCUUAAGGUAUUCCGAGAGGUGGAGGACAGGUUUGAAAGAGACACGAUGCAUGCCUGGAGCAGUAGGAGCCUGCAACGCUGGUCAUUUUUCUCGUCGUUGCUCCCUUUGAUUAGCUUUGUGAUUCCAAAGUCUGCUAGUUUUGGAAUGGCGAGGAUCACUCUGAUAGAGCUUGGAAGCGAUCCUGUAGCGGCGGUUCCAGUCCAGACUUGUGACUCUUUCACUGUGUAAGACGUCUCCCACGCUGUCAUGUACUCGACGAUGAGCAGGUCCGUAUCAGAGUUCCAGCAGCAGCUUAACAGCCUGACAAUUCUCCGGUGUCUCCAAAGUUCUGACUUUGUAGUCAUCACCGAGGAGACCGGCCACUCCCGAUAACGCUCUUCUCGUGAUGACGGUUAACUUCGUGUGGAGCGAGGAUGGCCAACAGAUGUGUUCUGAUACCGCUUUCGAGUUUAUGUAGCAGCCGAAAUUUUUUCACAUGAAAUGCCACCUUCCGUGCAUCAAGAACCAGAUGAUCCGUGUUUGGCUCCUUGGCAAAAACGUCAAACGGACAAUCUCAGUUCUGAACUUAUGGCGCAUGAGUUCCAGCC